GGAGAAGAGGGGUUUCAUUCUAAACCCAAAGCUUCAUGCAGGCACAGCCCCGUUCCGGAGGUUGAGGGUGGACGCAGUGCUCUGUCUCCUCUCUGUCCAUGUUGCUGUUGUCAUCUCCGCCCCUUAUCUGACUGAAGCGCACAGCACCGCCGGUCCAGCACGCUGUCACAGGAGAGAAGGAGGGGGGAGAGGAUUUUCUCUUUUUAUUCCUUUCUUCCUUCGUCUGAGUGGAGCCUCACAGUUUAUAUACCGGCUCGUUUCGUUUCCCUCACGAUGUCCUCCAAACACGCAGAGUGAUACAAGUUUUAGAGCCAAAUGUUGAGGCAGCCGGUGCGCUUUGCACACGCGUGGGUCAUGCGCUGCACCUGACAGGCUCUCUUCUAUACUUUUUUUGUUUUUUUUGUUGUUGUUUUUUUAAGGGAAAAAAACUUAAGAAGUUGAAGCACAAGCGGACUCCAUCCAACGCGGACUGUUUUUUUGUUCUUCACCAAAACAAAUCCCUAUUUAUUUCUUUUUUUUAUUUGUUUAAAGCUGCAUCACAAAGGCGAAACGGCGACCACAGUCGAUUACCUUUCUUUCCUUUGCUAUCCCAUGGAUAUUCACUGCAAAGCAGACCCCUUCUCGGCUAUGCACCUUGUAUCCCACGCAGGGCACGGCGGUGUGAACCAGCUCGGCGGGGUGUUUGUGAACGGCAGACCCCUCCCGGACGUGGUGCGGCAGAGGAUUGUGGAGUUAGCCCACCAGGGCGUCCGGCCCUGCGACAUCUCCCGACAGCUACGGGUCAGUCACGGCUGUGUCAGCAAAAUCCUCGGCAGCUAUCAGAAGGCAUUUCAGAGGUACUACGAGACCGGCAGUAUUAAACCCGGAGUCAUCGGUGGCUCCAAACCAAAGGUCGCAACUCCGAAAGUGGUGGAUAAAAUCGCAGAGUACAAGCGCCAGAAUCCCACCAUGUUUGCCUGGGAGAUAAGGGACCGAUUACUGGCUGAAGGGGUCUGCGACAACGACACUGUUCCAAGUGUUUCAUCCAUCAACAGGAUUAUCCGCACUAAAGUCCAGCAGCAAUUCCACCCGUCCCCUGAUGGAUCUGUCACGCCACUCUCCACACCCGGCCACACCAUAGUGCCCAGCACAGCCUCGCCUCCCGUGACCAGUGCCUCGAACAAUCCAGUUGGAUCCUACUCUAUCAAUGGCAUUCUUGGUAUCCCCCGCUCCAACAGCGAGAAGAGGAAACGGGAUGAUGUUCUCUGGAGUGGCAACCACUUGGAUGGAAGGAAAAUAGGACAUUAUGGCUCAGAUGGUUCAGGCCCAGGAAGUGACUCUCAGGGUAGUGUGGAAAGUUUAAGAAAGCAUCUGCGAGCAGACGCCUUCACCCAGCAACAACUGGAAGCCCUGGACCGCGUGUUUGAACGGCCUUCUUACCCUGAUGUCUUCCCCACUUCAGAACACAUUAAACCAGAGCAGGCGAAUGAGUACUCCCUCCCAUCCCUGAAUGGCAGCCUGGAAGAUGUGAAGCCCAGCCUCUCCACCAGUGCCAGCUCCGACCUCGCUUCCAGUGUCUCGCAGAGCUACUCUGUUGUGACAGACUCUCACCAGUCAUAUCCGCCUUCCAUGUGUGUAAAGCGGGAGCCCCAUGAGGCAUCCUUUGCUCCCUUCACCCCCUCCUCUGUUGGGGAUUCUGCUCUAGCUGACAUCUUGCCCCACCAGACCAGCCUCUCUGUAGAUGCCUCCACUCCCAGCUACCUUACCCAUGCCCACGGCCCCAGCUACAGCCAGUAUGCCAGCCAGCCCUUUAUAGCAGGUCGAGACAUGGCAAGCACCACUUUACCUGGCUACCCACCCCACGUCCCGCCCACAGGACAAGGGAGCUACCCCACCUCCACACUUGCUGGCAUGGUUCCUGGGGGGGACUUUUCUGGUAAUCCCUACUCUCAUCCCCAGUACACAACCUACAAUGAAGCUUGGAGGUUCAGUAAUCCAGCGUUACUGAGUAGGUUCCCCUUAUUAUUAUAGUGCCGCAUCCCGUGGCUCCGCCCCUCCCACUGCUGCCACUGCCUACGACCGCCACUAGUCACCCCGGAGACCAGUUCAGACUGCAGGGCCGGAGCUUCGGCCUCCACGUUGGUCCUAUAUGAGAAAAAAAAAUGGGACCCCUUCAACUUAUGCGAUGCAGAGGAAGGAUGCAAGAAGCUGGAGCAUUUGCACCCAGCUCUAGCUUUACACAUGUUGGGACAGAGAUGGGGGAGAGAGGCAAGGGACCCCAAAGGAGCUUGGAGCCUGUAAAUCUCCCACAGGCCUGAACAUUUUCAGAAUGACUUCAACAGAUUCUAUAAAUAUAUAUAUUAUAAAAUAUAAAUUGAAGAAAAACUGUGUGAAGAUUACCAUGUGGAACAAUGUUUGUGGGAUUUAUAAUUUUUUUUUUCGUUGUUGCUGUUGUUGUUAUUUUAUUCAUGGAUCCUCACAUUCCUUUAUGUAAUAAACUACAGUAUUUUUUGUCUGCUCUGAAAAGACAAGUCUAAGAGAAAUUGAUGGUUGUCCCACAGUUCAGUAAUGUAGCAACUCACACCAGUGUUGCGGACCCACUUUUUACACCUAAAGAGAUGGGUGCUCCAUUUUUGCUGUAGUAAAACCCUUUUUUUCCAGGUGCUUUGAGAAAAUCCAGUGGUCUCCUUUCUUGACCCGUCCAUCUUGUGCUAUCGGCACGUCCUUCGAUGCUUACCAUCCUAUGUCCCAUAGGGAACGUCCCACCUGUGGCAAACAAUCAGAUGUAAAAAUGUAAAUCCUUCUACAAAGUAUGAAGCCUGUCAGGAUGACCAUGAGUUUAUAAUGGUCGUGUCAGGAUUUAAAAAAACGUCAAAAAUGUGUUUUUUCUUCUGUAAAAGUUAUUUUUUUUGUGAGCAAACUUAUCCAACAUUUUCCUGUCAUGUUAAUUUGCUCUUUUUUGCACUAACAACUCAGCUUUUAGAUUUUUUUUUUUUUAUCAUCUUUUUGUGGAAGAUUUACAUGAACGUAUUUGAUAAAAAUCACAUAAUUAAGUUAAACAGACACAGUUCAUCAGAUAAAUGAAAACUCCUUUUUUAAUUACAUAAAUAAAACCACAAGUUAAGCCAUGCCUCUACUGUACAUUCAAGAUGAUACAAUUCUGACACAAUAUAACCAUAUACUUAUUUCAGUACAUGCCUUAUAAACUAAUUUUGCAAACCUAAAAUCAAAUGGGUUUGAUGGUAAUUACCCAUAUUCACGUCUCCACAGGGACUGGAAGGAUUCUGCAUCCCACUUUUUUUGUUUGAUUGUUUGUUCUGGGGGAAAUAUUCCAUAAAUGUUCUUCUCUUACCACAUUUGCCAAAGACUAAGUUUGAUAUUUAAUGUUUUAUUUACAGUAAGUUUAUUAUUUCAGUAUUAUCCUUUAGAUGAGUCAACUCAACGUGUACGCCGAGAGAGUUAAACAAGAUGCAUACGAGGAGGGGGAAAUUUAGUGGCUUAAUAUUCCAACAGUUGAAAACAAAGUGCUGCUUUCUAUAAAGGUUUGUGAAAAAUGUGAAGACAGGUUGUCUCUGUAAAUAUAUAACGUCACACACAGACACCACUGCAGUAUCAUAUCCUGUACUGGCUCCUUUUGUAGAUAAACACACUGAAGCUGAUAAAAAAAAGAGAAAAUCAUGCAUUACAUUUGUGUCUUCAGUGUAAUGUUUUUGAGGAAAAUAUAACCUAUGGGUAUAGCAGUGGCAGGUUUCAGAUGCUAACAUCCACAUAGGUUGUCUUUGUUGCUUGUUUUAUUUUGUUUGUUUUGUCAUGAUGGUGUUUUAUGUCACUAUGCAAUAAGUUAAAUGGCUUUCUGUCACUGUUUUGUUGUCGGGCCCAGUAUAACCGGUACCCAUGGAGAAGAGUAUAAAGGUUAACUAAGGGAUUCAUAAAACUUGUGGUGAGACUUUUUUUUUUUUUUUUCAUUUUUUCCAUUUUUGCUUCCCUCACAUUAAGUCCUUGGUAACAAUCAAAAAUAUAAUCCUGUGUUUUGUAAUCAUCUCCCAGAUUAAAUGAUGUGUGUCUCCUUGUGCAGAAACACAGAAUUCCUAAACAACAAACUAUCCACUUUUCCUUCAUCAAUAUGACUGUUAGCAUUGGAUUACCAUGUAAAACAUAAUCUCUUGCCAGGAAGAGAACCAGAAAAAAAUGAGAAAAGAAAAGAGAAAACCACUUGUUCUACAAAAUGCACUUGAAAUCGUGUGGGAUUUCCAUAUCUGAAAAUGUUACAACACAGUUUUCCUCUCGGACAUGGAGCACCUUUGCUGGACUGGGUCAUCCGCUGCUGUAAAGAUGAUACAGGACACGUGUCACAGACAUUAAAAGGAUCUCUGAUGAAAAUCUAUAAGGAAAGCCUUGUGGCCUCAAUCAUUGUUCCUUUUCCAGUUCUGUUCCAUUUCUUUUUUUUUUUUUUUGUGCACAUGAGAAAUAAAUUCUUUUAU